CAUUCUGCCAGACUGAGGUGGUCUGGUAAACGCGGCACGCAGUACCCGCAGGGGCGUACUGGCUCGUGCUAGCCUACAGCUCUCCUGAACAAGCGGCAACGGCAACCCUCCCCUAAGCAUCGCCAACCGCGAAGGCUGCCGACAUGUCACGACUUCUAUGUAAACCCCCUCAAACCCGAUCACCUUCCACCGCAAUUGAUGCGACUGAGAUCAUGGCUGACACGACCAAGCUUCGGCGUUAUCGCUGCGGCGCGACCCACGCAUGCUGAAGCUGCCGCCGUACCUGUCGCUGCUUUGCAUGAUCGUCGGCGUCGCCUGGCUCCUUCUCUUACCUCUGGAAAGCUAUUCGAGACGGACCUAUAUAUCCGAAAACGCACUCUUGCCAGGUCAAGUGCAUACGUACUUCGGAGGCAGCGAGCAAAACGUCUUCCGCGCAUAUCGACACGAGUUGGACGACUUGAGAGACAAGGACAACUACGCUUUCAACAAUAGACUCGAAACAAUACUUCAGGGCCAAGGGAUUAAGGUUGGUCGGCAAAACUACACGUAUCACUCGGCAGGCGAGGCGUAUACAGGCGAGAACGUGUACGGCAUCCUGCAGGCACCACGUGGCGAUGCGACUGAGGCUAUAGUCCUCGUUGCUGCAUGGAAAGGCGUGGAGGACCACUUGAACUGCAACGGCGUGGCCCUGGCCCUCACUUUGGCUCGCUACUUCAAGCGCUGGUCUCUCUGGUCCAAGGAUAUAAUUAUCGUUGUGCCACCCGAAAGCAAGACUGGUACUCAGGCAUGGGUCGACGCCUACCACGACGCUCACGACUCCAACAAGGUUGCGCCAUUGCCCUUGAAGUCUGGCGCUUUGCAAGGGGCCAUCGCCAUUGACUACACUUCGGAGCAGCGAUUCGAGGGCCUUCACAUCAUUUACGACGGCACCAAUGGCCAGCUGCCCAACCUCGAUCUCAUCAACUCGAUUGUCAACGUUGCAAGCGGGCAGAUGGGCAUUCAAACGGCCAUUCAGGACAUGAAGCACCACACAGAUCGCUACCCUGAUCGUCUGCGGACUAUGCUCCGCGGAAUGCUCAACCAGGGACUCGGAAUGUCAGCCGGGCCGCACAGCAGCUUCAUUCCCUAUCAUGUCGACUCUGUGACCUUACAACCUUACGGGGAGGGCUGGCAUGACGAAAUGGCCAUGGGCAGAGUUAUUGAAGGCACCUUCAGGAGCCUCAAUAACCUGCUGGAGCACCUGCACCAGAGCUUCUUUUUCUAUCUCUUGAUGCAUAGAGACCGCUUUGUCAGCAUUGGCACAUACCUGCCCAGCGCCAUGCUGCUAUCGGCGAGCUUCACCAUUAUGGCCAUCUUUCUAUGGAUGAAAAGUGGGCAAACGAGUUCGCGCGUUUCUGGUCGCUCGUCGGCAUCGGCCGUCAUGAAACGUGCGGCGGGAACGGACAAGCCCAACGAUAACAUCACCUCAACUAGUCAGGCUGCCGAACGAGACCUUUUUUUGCCCCUGGGGAUCGUUGCAGGAUGCCAGGCUGCAUCACUCUUGCCUCUGUUCAUAUUUAAUAAUCUACCCACGACGGUAUGACGACUAAACGCUACCUUAAUGCUCCGUGGUCGUGGUAAAGUGGAGUCUAUCGAUAGCUGACCGUCGGAACUUUGCAGAUGCUCUCUGGGGCCUUCACCCUCUUUUGCCUGGUGUCUGCUGGGUUGCCUUCUGUCGUUUGCCACAUUCUGUCAACCUUUUGGACUCCUACCGCACAGCAUUUCCAGCUUACGAAAUCCUUUUCCCUGCUCAUCCUAGGCAUGUCGCUUGCCACCCUCGCGACCUUGAACUUCUCCCUGGCAUUUUUGGUGGGGUUGCUCGCGAGCCCUCUUGCGUUCGUCCAGCCAACGCACAGCGUUGUUGUUCGGUAUGCGGUCGCAGGGCUACUGAGCACCGUGGCACCGCCGCUCGUUAUAUACACGGUAGCACAAAUGGUGGGACUAUCUCUUGCCGAUGUACUGCGCGAGGCAAGUUUCGGAUGGAAUGUUUGGGGAAUGUAUACGGCUGUCGUGGUCUGGUGUGUUUGGUGGCCAGCAUGGCUCGUGGGAAUGGUAAAUGCUCUAGCCACGCCUCCUAGGGACGAGUAGAGAUGAGUCAAAGUCACAAGUUUCCAAGCCUUUUUUCAAGUGAUGACGUCGAAUUGUAG